AUGACCGACCCAGCAAGUACCGCCAAAACGAUCAAAACACACGGGUCACAGUACGAGCGAGUCGCCCAGGCAUGUGACCGCUGUCGCGCAAAGAAGACCAAAUGUGACGGCAAGAAGCCGUGCACAAACUGUUCACUCGUAGGCUUCGAGUGCAAGAUCUCCGACAAGCUCUCGCGGCGUGCGUUUCCGCGUGGGUACACUGAGACUCUCGAGGAGCGGAUCCGCAUGCUCGAGGUCGAGAACAAGAAGCUCUUGGGGUUGCUUGACUUAAAGGACGAGCAACUCCUGGUCGUACAGGGGCUUGGCGAGCAGCUAAGCGACACAUCCCGGCCCCAGCGGCUGGAUAAACCGCCCGGACUGGGCGAACCCGUAUCGCCGCCGCUUUCGUCGUCCAACCUCUCACGCCUCAACCAGUUGAGCGCCCAUCCGCACCGCUUCACCGCACCUCAGAAGGACCACACCGGUGAGAACUGCUGCGCCAACUACCCCCACUCGUUUCAGGAACGCACCAUCUCCUGGUCCGACUCCGUCGACAUCGACAAUGGGCGCCUCUCAUCCGACACGCUGAACUCGGAUAAAGAGCUCCACGAUAUCAGCCUCCGCGGUGCGGCGUUUGCAAUCUCCAUGUCGCGUGUAGACCCAGCUGCGCGAGCCAAUGCCCACGGCAGCUCCGAGCCAGACGACGCGCACUGCCUAGCCCUGCUUGUGGCGAACUGCUUACCGCGCUCCACCGAGGAGGUCCUCUUCACGCCGACUAUUAUGGCCAAGAUCGGAGAGUAUCACGGCUACGACUCGCGAGCCGCCACGCUCACAGCGCGCGCGCUUGCGGGCUUGAAGGACUAUAUACCCGCGACGCCGAUGGCGGACCACGACCUCUUUGACGUGAACUUCCGCCAGGGCCAGGCGUCGUGGUUCUGGAAGACACUCAGCCUUCCGCUGCGUAUCGUAAUGGACCAGUUAAUCACGCAGUUUGUGCAAGAGUGGAACGCGGUUCUUCCGAUUGUGGACGAGGCGGAUUUGUUUGCCAAGUACAAGAGCGAAGAGUUCCAGGCGAGCUAUGACAGUAACUUUGGCAAUUUCGGGCCUGAUGAAGACACCGACGUGCUCAGUGGGAUGCAGAGUUUCGGGGUUCUUCUUGUGUUUAUCUGCGCGUUUGGUUUGCUCAGCCGGAAGCUGAACAUUGUCGAGGCCAAGCUGGGCCAGGCAAACAGUCAGGUUAACGGCCAAGCGAGGGCUAACAUCUCGUCUGAGAUCACACCUGAGGAAUCCCUCCGCCUCCUUAACCAUUACGACGCCCUCAUCCACGAAUUCAUCAGAAACCCCACCCUCACCGCCGAGUGCUCGCUCCAGUCGCUCACCUUCCUCAACCUCGCACUCAACUACUGCUGCAACGUUGGCGAUGUAUCGUCCGCGUGCCAGCUCCGUGCGCGCAUGGUUGCGGUCACGCACCAGCUCCGCCUUCACCGCUGCCCCUCGGCGGUCUUGUCCAUCCGCGGCGCCGCGGUCGACCGCCAGUCACAGGGUGCGCGCCGCGUGCUCUUCUGGUGCUCCUACAGCUUGGACUGCUUCCUGUCGAUGAUCUUGGGCGUACCGCGCUUGUUCAAGGACUACGAGAUCGAGUGCGCGCUUCCGGCAAAACACGAGCAGAUUGUCAAAACCAGCGACGGCGAGCUCCGCCUCGAGGGCACCGUCAACAGCUUGGGCUUGUCAAUCAUCUGCUUCUCGCGGAUUAUCGGGUGUAUCAUUGACAACAUCUACAGGCGCCACGGUGCGGACGGGGGCCCCACGCUCUUUCGCCAGGAAAACAUGUUGGAGACGUGGCGGAAGCAGCUUCCACAGACCUUGAAGUUUGGGAUCGAUGUAAAUGGGUUGCUCAAGACGGAUUUGUCGACAUUCCGCACAUGGCAGCAGAUCUUGGUAAUCUUUUUGUACUACCAAGCGCGGAUCUUGAUCUACUUUCCGCUAAUGGCCGAGCCAGAGGGGGACCAAACCAGCAGUGAGACCGGGGCAAGGCCAGAUGCGGGACAGGCCGCCUCCGAGGCUCCCGCUGCUUCCGGUUCGAAGCUGACCACCUCCUUCAUCGUCAUCCAGCAAUCCGCUAUCCAGAUCCUCAGCAUCUUCACCUAUGUCAACUCCAAACACUACCACUUCCCCAUCCCGUGGUCGCCAUCGCAUAUUCAGGCGCGCCUCGCUAUUAUUGCCGCGCGCGGCGUGCUCGAGUACUCGCGCGGUGGUGCGCUCUUCAACGACUUGCGCAGCAUUCUCACGGCGCUCAUCACGCACUUGAAACGGCCGAGCGAGUUUGUAUCUUCUGGGGGCGACCUGAUGGCGGACUUGACGGUUCCCGGGAGCUUCAGCGUGCAUGUGAGUGGGCUCAUCGAGCAGGCGAUCGACGCGAUUCUCGCGGUUCCCGGUAAAGAGAAGGAAGAGCCGGAGGAUGUUUUUAGUGCUUCCAACCACUUUAGCUUUGCAAAGAAGGCGCGCGCAUACACAGGUGCGCAGUAUAAGAGCCACUCGCGCCGCGACGCCACGCCGGCGAGCUCUCAGUAUAGCUCUGCCUUUGACAUUUUCUCGCAAAAGAAACAGUUCCAGGACAAAAGCGGUGAUCGUGUGUCCAGCAGCAGCAACAUCUUUGGGAUGGGGUUUGAAACUGUGGGCGACUUUGCGGCCGAUGGGUCGCUAGGCUUGUUUUCGCUAAUGGAGCAUCCUAAGAAGGACCCGUACCACAUUCCAAGCCUGAAUCCGUAUCACAUUUCGCCGGAUGAUAUUGAGUAUUUCAUCUCGCUAGCGAAGUCGCCAGGUGAACAGGGGAUCCACGAAGGGGGCACCCAGACUAAAAUGAGAGCUGUAGGCCUGAUGGGAGGGCAUAUGGGCCAACAAUCCCAGAUGGGAGCUCAGGCCAGGGAGAGCAGUGCCAAGAUGAGAUCACAGACCCAAAUGGAUACCCCAAUGGGAAUGACUGUCGAAAUGGAUAUGGGCCAUGGUUCUGUCAACUCCCCCUGCUUGGACCGCUUGGACCUCUUCGAAUCUUCCCUCGACUCCCCAAAGCCAACCAUCUUCGACUAUGUUGGGCUGUACCGUGAAGGACCAAAGCGUGCGAUGCCGCGCGACAGCAUCCCGUCAUCCACCAGCAGUCACCCCGAGCAGAUGAUGCGAGCGGCCUCUCUCCAGAGCUACGACGACAUUGGCACAGUGCCGGCGGUUGCGUCGCAGGGCAUGGCGCGCACCGACAGCCUUUUCAGCUGGCAGGGCGACCUCAAACGCGAACCAUUCUAG